AUGUCUUCUCAGCCUUUUCUUCCCCUGUCUUCUCCUUCCGACUCGCCCCCGCCCGUGUUGCGCCCGCGGCGCCCGAGCCUGGAGCUUGAGCGCGAAAUCCUCUCCACUAGGGGCCAGCGCCUGGUGAACUUUUUGCCUACGCGCACGUCAAGCCUUGCUUUGCAUGACCUCGAUGACGAUGUAUCCGAAAGGCGGCUACUCCUGCGACGUGGAUCCAUGUUGAUUGGACACAGUAAUCCUCGUUACGAAUGGCAGCGCUACUAUAGAUCGCCCGAGUCGUUAAAGGAUCUCCCCAAGAAGAUUCGGGAGUAUUAUAAGCGGACGAACUCUUUGAUCUCCCAAUAUCUCUAUAUCGACCGCCUGCUGGAUUCAUCUCUCCCCCACAAUCUGAUCGAAGAAUACAAUGGGUGUCACCACUUUGAUCCCGCGGGAAACGGAAUCCAUCAACCGCCUCCUUCAGACGGUAAUGAAGUCGAGACAGCCAACCCCAAGACCGGAAGGAUAAAGCGCACCCCACAUAAUCUGUAUCGGAUUCCCGAUGAGACGACUCCUUUGGUCGCAUCCGAAGACAACAGCUACGAAGGCUCAUUGCCUGAUUUUGAAUCACAUGGAGGGAUGUCGCCAGAGGCCGAGGAGCGCGUCAUCAACUGGGCUAUUCGCAUCAAUUUCGCCGCUAACGUUACUCUCCUCGGCUCCAAGAUUGCCAUUUUGGCAAUGACCAGCUCCAUGUCUAUGCUGGCAGGUCUUGUUGACGGAGUAUUGGAUUUCCUCAGUACUGUCAUUGUCUGGGUGACCACCAACAUGAUCCGACGACAAGAUCGCAACCGAUUUCCGAUCACCCGGCGACGCCUGGAGCCUGUCAGUGUGCUCAUCUUCUCGGUGAUCAUGGUGACCUCCUUCUUUCAAGUGGGACUGUCGUCUGUGAAGCAACUACUUGGAGAUGAUCGCACCGUCGUCGAGCUCUCAAUUCCAUCUCUUGUGCUGAUGGCUGGCACCGUGAUUGUCAAAUUGCUCUGUUGGAUCUGGUGUCGCUUGAUCCCUAGUCCCAGUGUCCAGGUCCUGGCCCAGGACGCCAUGACAGAUGUCAUCUUCAACACCUUUAGUAUUAUCUUCCCGCUGAUUGGCACCUUUGCAGACCUCUGGUUCUUGGAUCCCCUGGGUGGUCUGUUCCUCUCCAUCUACAUCAUGUGGAAUUGGGGCCAAACAGCAGGGGAAUAUAUCGGACGAUUGACCGGCGCAGCUGCCUCGCCUGACGACCACAGCAUACUGCUCUACAUGACGAUGCGGUUCUCCCGGGUAAUCCUCAAGAUUCAGGACCUGAAAGCGUACUAUGCAAGCGACAAGCUCAAUGUCGAGGUUGAUCUUGUCGUGGACGACAGCAUGAGCUUGCGGGAUAGUCAUGAUGUCGGCGAAAGCUUGCAGUACAUCAUUGAGAGUGUGCCGACUGUUGAUCGUGCUUUCGUGCAUCUGGACUAUGACCCUUGGAACCUGCCUAGUCAUAUGAACCAGAUGGAUCGCUGA